AUGUUCCGCACUCCAAGAUUGAUAUCCAGCGCCUUCUCUCGUGGCACAUUGCCCCGGAGUGGUAUCUCCGCGCGUCUGCUGUGUUUCAAUGGGUUCAUUCCCUCCACAUCAAAACGCAAUUUUACGAGUUCAGCACGAGCGCCGUUGACUGAAAAUGAGUAUUUAUUUCGACGAAGACUUAGGUCAUUGGUUUACGCAGUCCUCUUUGGAUUGUUGGGUUAUAGGAUAGGGGAUGCCGUGGCCUCAUUCUUCGAAGAUCCAGUUACACCAGGCUCCGAGGAGGAUAGACAGCGAUUAAGCCAUCUACGGCAAAAGAUGGAUAAGUUGGAGGUGGUUAAAAAGCUACGGGCAGAUCCUGAUUAUGUGGAAUGGGAGGCACAUGAAAGUCUUUCAGAGGAGGAGAAGCCGUGUCAACUUACAAGCGGUCCUCUGAGCGGGACUCACAAUUUGGCCCUACAGCGCGUUUUCUGGAAUGAUAAAGAACGCAAAGCUGUUACAGUUGUGUAUUUUGGUUUUGGGAUGGGUGGGUGGCCGUUAGUAGUUCACGGGGGAGCAAUUGCUACAGUGCUAGAUGUGUGUCUGGGCCGAGUUGCUCUACUCAGCUUUCCCGCUCGAACAGGCGUAACUGCGAACCUUAACAUUCACUAUCGCACACCCAUCAGGGUAAUGGAUUUCUGUACGGUGACAGCGGAGUACGACCGGGAGAAGAGUACGGAGCGCAAAGCCUUCAUAAAGGGUAAUAUUCGAGAUUCCAAGGGUACCAUAUGUGCUGAGGCAAAUGCCCUUUUCGUCGUACCCAAGACCUUAAAUCUCAGAACAAUUAAAGAUAAAUUUUAA